AUGCCAGAUUUCCAUUCCCUCCCUGCCGGGUCUCGUCCCGCCCACGCCAUCCGCAACAAUGGACCUGACUCCUUAGUCCUGGAACGGGCUAAGCUCCGCGAACUUGCCGAAGGCUGGCCUUGCUAUCGGGAUGCAUGUGAAUGGGAGAACUUCGAGUCCAUAUUUCACGACGAUGCCCAAGUAUACACAACCUGGUCAGGCAAAGUGUCAUACAAAGACUUCAUCGCAGCUUCCAAGGCCGGUAUGGAUGAAGGCGCCUUCAUCAUGCACCGUUGUCAUGGCGUCACAAGUGAUAUUACCCCCGAAGCGACGCGCGCUGUGACCAAGGUGAAGGCUACAAUCACCCAGCGCUUCACUAUCGACGGGUGCGAAGUUGAUGCAGAGGCAGAUUGUCGCUUCAUUUUCUUUUUUGAGAAGGUUGAUGAUCGCUGGGGUGCACGAUUUGUCCGACACUGGUAUGAAAAGGACAAGCUUCUUCCUGUUAAUCCUAACAAGAUCCCUAAGAUCGAUGAGGAGAAGCUGUACUCUUACCCUGAGGGGUUCAAAUGUCUGGCUUACUGCCAGGAACUGACGAUGGGAGUUUCUGUGCUGAAGGAUAUGCCUGGGCAUCGACGACAUGUUGGCACUGUAAAUGGAGAAAAGCAUGACCUUCUCUAUCACCAAGCGAAGGAUUGGUUGGAUGGAAAAGACAUCAGUGUUUAA